AUGCCAUCGAAAUCCGAGUGGGAAAGUCAGAAAGAUGCCAUUCGCGAGCUCUACCUCAAUCAGAACUACACGCUCAAGGAGUUGAUGGAGCGGAUGCACUCCGCUGGCUUCGUUGCGACUAAAUCGCAAUAUGAGACCAAAUUCAAGGCCUGGGGAUUUUCCAAGAACGAUACAAAUAUACCUGCUGCUACGUGGAAGCAUGUUGGCUAUAAGAUAGCAAAGCGGAAGCGCGUAGGCGACAACAGCACCAUCUUCAUUGAUGGUGCAGAAGUCGACCAGAAAAGAGUGAGAAAAGAGAUCAGUCGAAACAGGUAUUCUACCAUUGAGCAGGUGCAACUUGAGAGCAUCGGCGCACCAUCACCUCCGGGACCUUUGAUCAUGGUCACGAGUCCACCCAACAGUCAACCGGCCUUCACCAUCAGCCGUUGGCCGGACAGUCUCCCAUGGCUUGCAUUUGUCAGAUCUCUCAACACUCGUCUAGUCAACCUAAACCUACCACGCCAGGCUCCCGGGGCGUCUCAUCAAGAACUGUCUGCACUGCAGUCUAGAGCGCAACAUGUUCUUUCAUCACCCAAUGAUGAAAUAUCUAGUGCGUGGCAGAAUUCUGCGUAUAUCAGCACAGGACGCGACCGAAUGAAUCUGAUUCGCGCCAUAUUACCUGAUCGGCAUAGCAAGCAGCGCGCUGCAGAGAUUCAGAGUAGCAUAUCACUUUUGUCCACUACCUCAAGUCACUGGGGUCUCAAGCUCCUAAUUUACUUGGCUUCAAACAAAUUGUUGCAUUCUGGAGACCUUGAUAGCAUUUGGCGUCUAGUGGAAAAGCCAAGAGUCAAGGAAUUGGUGGCCAUGUCCAAAUCUCUUGAUUUAGGUGAAACUUCCCUAAACGCCGUAUUGGAGUAUAUGUUCGAGGCCGGAAUCCAGAAACGUCGUACAGAUGUCGUGUCGUGGUUGCUUGAUGUCGGUAUCGAUCCGAACAGGAAGAUCAGGUCAGACGAAUUGCACGGGUCGCAUUUACCACUUGUCCUGGUGAUGAAUGAUUGGUAUUGGUCCGAGGCAAAAUCAAUGCAACACGAUACAGCAUGUCACUUGGCCGCGUUGAACCCCAAUUUUCGUGCGGAACAUAUGGUAAUCUUUUUGCUACCCACGCAAAGGCGCGAGCUGUAUGCACAAUACGACGAAUACGAGGGCGAAAUAGAGAAUUGGGACAUGGAUACAUGGGAGUUUUGGGAUGCAUGGACGUUCCGACAAACAGAGUUGUUGGCUGGACUGCUUGAGCAGUCUUUUCCAGCACUGUCAACUCUGGUCCUUCCCAAAGCUCUAAUUUGGGCAAUUAAGUGUCACGAUCACGGACUCAUUCGGACAAUCCACCAAUGUGGAUAUUCAAUGAAUUGCUCUGACGCCCGUAAAGACUCACCGCUUGCGGUAGCUGUGGCAGAACACUAUGGCGAGUUUGAUCAUAGUUAUGUCGGCACUGUUGAACUUCUUUUGGAACUCGGCGCAUCACCAAAUUACAAUCCAAAUUCGAGCAGCGAUUGUGGCUGUUCCUGGGCCUUACAAACUGCAAUACACGGCCACCACCCAGCAAAGGGAGAGUUGGUGGAAAUUCUGAUCGAAAAUGGUGCAAACGUUCAUGGUCAUGUCUCUUGUGGCCAUGAAAACCACCUAAACCUCAUGCAUUGUGCGCUGAAAGCAGCGGCGGAGGACAUCGACCCCAGUCUUGAUAAGAAAAUCCCAAUGCUUCUUUAUAAUGCUGGGAUACCGUUUCACAGAACUUCCCUUGUGGAUUUUCUGGAAGAUGUUCUUGUCAAUUAUGAGCUUGCUAUUCCAAGAUUCGAGGGCUUGCUGUCAACUUUAAUUUCAACUACAACAGACUUGACAGUAAAGUCCAAAACAGGAUGGACCGCUCUGGACUACUGCCUUGAAUUGUGGAUACAAGAAGCCUGGGGACCAAUGAUCGAAAAGGGUGCCGUGUGUUCACCUGGGUAUAUGCACCGGACUCACCUUGAAUCUGCCUUUUGGUUUCGUGACACUGACGCCUUAUGGGAAAGAGUCGUAAGGCCCCAAGGCGACGAGAAGAAACAAUCCUGGCUAUUCUAUCGCGUGAUCAGAGCCGUUCGUGACAGAGGACAGUGGAUAGGACAUGGGCUCGUUCCGAACGUGACGGACCUGCUUCACGACUAUUGCAAGCUUCCACGCAGCCCGAAAGCUGAGGCUUAUAUCAUCUUACAAGCCUGCGCCACGAAGAAUCCGUAUGUGAUCGGUACCAUUUUAGAACGCUUUCCCGACACUUAUAGUGAUUUUGCCCUCGAGGAACUUAUUUGGCUACAGAGGGAAACGGAAAAGAACGUCGACUUUUGGAAAUUCAUCGAAGAACUGUUGAGACGGCGCUCAAAUACCACUUCAUCUUUGGAGACGCCUCAGGAAGAACGCAUAUUCUUCCACGUUGCCUACGAAGUAUUGACAGGCAAAGGUGAUUCAAGAGUCGUGGAGUGGUUUCACAAGUUUGACAGGGAUGCUUUCUGGCGGGCAAACUUCCAACCCUCGGCGUUCUUAAUGAAUGCACUUUUCAGGCCGCACAAAUAUUGGUCCGACAGUAUGCCAAGCAUGUUUUCUAAGCGUAAACCUUCGACAUGCUUGGACGAUCUCAACGUUAGCCAAUGGUGCAAGUAUGGCUUCAAGAUGAGUACGUAUCUAGGUCUAUUGGUUGCGUUUAUAGGUCGAUUGGAUCAAAUCAGUAUUGUCCUGCAUCAUGGCUUGCGUCUCAACCGGCGAUUUGCUUGGUCUUUGACACUUCUGCAAUUUGCUAUCGCCCGGAGAGACUUGCCAAUGAGCCGUCUACUUCUCGACGCAGGAGCCGAUGUCGAAGCACGCGCUCCUUGGAGAAAUAUUCCACGCCAUGUUUGGGAGAGGAUACCAUAUGAAAUACGUGAUGUUCUCACUAUUGAUGGAAAAGGACGCACUAAAAGAAGGAGUGCGCUUCAGUUAGCCGUUGAGCAAGGCGAUCUGCCAAUCAUUAGGUUGUUGCUGGACUUUGGAGCUGACGUCAAUGGUCCUCCCGCGCGCAUCCGCGGUGCGACUGCCUUACAAAUUGCCUGCAUCAAAGGAUACAUUGAUGUUGCGAGACUUCUGAUCUCGAAAGGAGCAGACAUCAACGCAGCAGGAGCUGAGUGCUGUGGUAGAACGGCGCUGGAAGGUGCAGCCGAGCACGGACGGCUAGAUGUGGUAUGUCUCUUGCUCGAAAGAGGCUGUCUAGUUCAUGAUUCUUUCAGAACACAGUAUAUCCGGGCUGUCAGACUCGCGCAAGUGCAGGCGCACCACACUGUCGCAAUGAAACUUCAGGACUACGGCGACUUCACCGAUGAUGACAAUGAUGUUUUGAGGAGCGUCAGCCUGACCGACCCCGACAGCGAAUCGGAGUCUUCUGAUGAUCUCGAAGAUGACCUACCGAGCACCGAAGCAGUUGGCGAGACUGAUUCAUACGGCGACAUAUACUUGAACCCAUGGGAUUUAUGUCCAUACAAACUCAACCCUGAGGCUUAUUUGGAAGAUUUUAGCUCAACCAGUGAUGAUGAAGAGAAGAUAUCGUCGGGUGAAGGUACCUCCGAAGCAACCAUCAACCACUGUGAUAUUUUUAAACGAGACCUCGAGCCGGAGAACUUGCAACAUGACACUUCGGAUGUUUUUUUUGGUUACUGCGGUGAUAACGAGGGAUUUUGA